AAAUUCUAAUCGAAAUCGAUUGCGAUUUGCGGGCUCGCUGCGCUGUCGCUGCGGUCAACAAAACAAAAAUGGCGAAUGUACCUCUUGGCAUAACAACUCAUGCUCAAAAAGUUUGUAGCCUUUACAAAAGGGGUUUACGUAAUUUAGAGUCUUUUUAUGAUAGACGAAAUGUAUACCGUUACCAAGCUGUGCUCCUCAGGGAGCGCUUUGAUAAAAACGCCAAAAUGACCGACAUGAUCAAGGCAGCCCAAUUACUGAAAGAAGGAGAAGAGGAGCUGUUCUUAAAACAACAUCCUAUUCCUAAAAAAUUCCCUAUGAGUGUGGGAGGUGUAGCCCAUCAACGUGUUGUCACCCCGCCAGACUGGGUGCUGGACUACUGGCAUCCGCUGGAGAAAGCUCAGUAUCCAGAGUACUUCAAACGUCGUGAAGAGAGAAAGAAAGAGUUUAUCGCCAUGUGGGAGAAGGAAUAUGGCAAAUCGGACCCUAAAGAUCAACACCAUUAAUCAUUGUAUAGAGUUAUUUAUAAUAGUAAAAGUAAUUGUUAUAUUAAUUUA